AUGACUGAAGGCUUUCGUGAAUCACCGGUACCCUAUGCGGAGCCUAGCUGGUACUAUAAGGGCUUCAGCUCCCCCUACUAUACCGACUCGCAUCGAGCAUGGCGUGGCAAAUGUCGGAGCUUUGUGGAAGAGCAUGUCAUACCGUAUGUUUCCGACUGGGAGAAGACUAAGGCUAUCCCGCCCGAGGUUUAUGUGAAGUGUUAUCAGGCUGGGCUCCUCCCCUGUGUUGUUGGUGCUAAAGGUUUUGACUAUGUGGAUGCUAAGGUAUGCCCCAAGCCAGAGGGCUAUGACUAUUUCCACGAGUUAAUCUUCAUCGAUGAGUUGGCUAGAUGUGCAAGUGGUGGGGUCUUGUGGGGCCUCAUAGAGGGCCUCCAGAUUGGGCUCCCACCGGUGCUGAACUUUGCUACUGAUGCUCUGAAGAAGAGAGUGGCCCCACCGUGUCUGCGUGGUGAGAAGAAGAUAUGCCUUUGCAUCACGGAGCCGUAUGCAGGCAGUGAUGUCGCCAAUAUCCGUACUACGGCUAAGUUGAGUGCCGAUGGGAAGCACUAUAUCGUUAGUGGUGAGAAGAAGUGGAUAACGAAUGGUAUCUUCGCUGACUACUUCUCAGUAGCGGUAAGGACUGGUGGAGUUGGUAUGAAGGGCAUAUCUAUGUUGCUGAUUGAGAGGGACAUGCCCGGGGUGAAGACAACUAGAAUGGAGUGUCAGGGUGUAUGGCCGAGUGGGACUACCUUUGUCGAGUUCAAUGAUGUUAAAGUGCCGGUGGAGAAUCUUAUAGGGAGGGAGAAUGAGGGUUUCAGAGUUAUAAUGUACAAUUUUAAUCACGAGCGUUGGGGGUUCGUGGCGCAGGCAGCGAGGCUCUCCAGAGUGCUUUACGAGGAGUCGUUCAAGUAUGCUCAGAAGAGAAGAACUUUUGGUAAGACUUUGAUGGAACAUCCGGUCAUACGAUGGAAGUUGGCCGAGAUGGCGCGUCAAAUUGAGGGCGUGCAGUACUGGCUUGAGAGCGUCACUCACCAAAUGAAUGUGAUGCCGUGGGGCGAGAGCAUGACGGCUUUGGGUGGCACGCUCGCUUUGAUGAAGGCUCACAGUACUAAGGUAUUUGAGUACUGCGCGAGGGAAGCGGCUCAGGUCUUCGGUGGGAACGCGUACACUCGUUCCGGCUUGGGAGAGAAGGUUGAACGACUGUAUCGUGACGUUAGAGCCUAUGCUAUUCCCGGUGGAUCAGAGGAGAUCUUAUUAGAUUUGGGCAUACGACAGGCCGACAGGCUGUAUAAGAGCAGGAUGUGA